UAGGAGAAGGGCUAACGGAUCCCAGUCGGGAAGGAGCCUGCCGCACCAUGCCGGGGUCCCUGGGCCCUAGGAUGGGGCUGGGCCUCCUCCUCCUUGCCCUAGUCCUGGUCGCGGGACAUGCGCAGCCUCAGAGGUAUCAGCCCCUCUCACUUCCUGGAGAGUUAGAGCCCAUGGAGCUCCCCAACGGCCUGAUGGAUGAUUACGGGAUCCUUCCCAAGCACCCAGGCCCUCGCGUGGUCCUCCCCCUGCUCCCCAAAGUCCAGAAGCGCAAGCGGGACGGGCCAGAUUUGUCUGACUAUUACUACGAUGCUCCUCAGUGACGGGAAGGCCUGAUAAAGUGAUUAUUCUCUCUA